GACUACAAUUCUCCCUUUCGCAAAAAGUGAAUGAAUGGCUGUGGUGAUUACACACACCUUUCCUCAAUCUUCUUCACAAACCACACCAUUCUCCCUUUUUCAUCAUCUUCUUCUUCUUCUUCUUCAUUCUUCCCCUGUUUCCAAUUCUCAACAACAUCAAUGGCGUCUCUUCAAUCUCUGGCCUCCACUACUUCCCCGUCUUCUCCUCAUCUCCUUCAUCCCUCUUCCACCAAACCCAAACUCUCUUACUCUCUCCACAGCAGCGCCUUCUCCUCAUUCCACGGCCGCUCUCUUUCCCUCUCCACCACCAAAUGCCACACACUCACUCGCCGCACUUACCGACAACGUUCAUGGAACCCCAUCCUCAUGGUUCUGCCCAAGAUUCAGUUCAUCCAGGGCACGGACGAGCAGACAAUCCCGGAUGUGCGGCUGACGAAAUCCCGAGACGGAACCAAUGGAAUGGCGAUUUUUAGGUUCGAGCAGCCGUCAGUGUUCGAUUCAUCGGCGGAGGUUGGGGAUAUCACCGGCUUCUAUAUGAUUGAUGAAGAAGGGAUGAUUCAAUCGGUUGAUGUGAAUGCGAAGUUCAUAAAUGGGAAACCGGCGGGGAUUGAGGCGAAGUAUGUGAUGAGAACCCCGAGGGAAUGGGAUAGAUUCAUGAGAUUCAUGGAGCGAUACUCCAAUGCCAAUGGGAUGCAAUUUGUCAAGAAAUGAAAUCAGGUUUUUUCUUUUGCACAAUUUUGUUUUUGCGUUUGAAAAUGAAGAUCAAUACUGUGUUGAUUAUGGCUGAUGGAUGAAGAUUUAAUUGAAGCUUUGUUCUAUGUUCUUUCUAUCCCCCUAAAGGGAAUUUGUAAUAACAAACAAAAGAUUGUGAAAACAAAACAAACUCUGUACCAAAAUAUAGCUGUAAUUACCAA